CGUCGACGUCGUCGUCGUCGUCGUCGUCGUCGUCGUCGUCGUCGUCGUCGUCGUCGACGUCGUCGUCGCCGUCGUCGUCGUCGUCGUCGUCGUCGUCGUCGUCGUCGUCGUCGUCGUCGUCGCCGUCGUCGUCGUCGUCGUCGUCGUCGUCGUCGCCGUCGUCGUCCUCGUCGUCGUCGUCGUCGUCGUCCUCGUCGUCGUCGUCGUCGUCGUCGUCGUCGUCGUCGUCGUCGCGGCGGCUGUUGUUAGUGUCAUUUCUGUCAUUGUUAUCGAAAUCACCAUCGUCGUCGUGGUCUUCGUUAUUACCAUCGUCAUUGCCAUCGUUGUUGCUGUUAUUGUCAUUGUUGUUAGUGUCACUAUUAUCAAUUUUGUCGUUAUCAUCCUUCCCAUUAUUGUCGUCACAGCGGAGGGCCCGCGUGGCCUACUAAAAUGACCGCUCGUCUUCAUUCGUUGAGGCAUCAAGAAAAGAAAUCAGCCGGCAACACUCAUAGACAUUACCAUCAUCAUCAUCAACAAUCCCAACACCAACAAAGCGUACAUCAAGGACCAAGUCCGGCAGCCAGUCCCAGUCCUAGUCUCAGCCCGAGCCCUAAACACUCGGACGGACGUCGAGCUAACAAACCACUAAUGGAAAAGCGACGGCGAGCUAGAAUCAAUCAGUCGUUGGCGGCGCUGAAAGCGCUCAUCCUUGACAGCGCCCGGCUGGAGAACACGAAGCAUAGCAAACUUGAAAAAGCUGACAUUUUAGAGUUAACAGUACGGCAUUUACAAAGGCAAAGAUCUCUUGCUCAACCUGGUUUAUCAAGAUACAAGGCUGGCUAUCAAGAUUGUUCCAGAGAGGUAAGUCGAUAUCUCGAUGCCCCGGACAUAAUUACGGGGAACACGACACCGAUGGACCCUGCAGUGAAGCAAAGACUACUACGACAUUUGGAUAGUUGCGUGUCAGAAUUAGACUUGGAUUUGGGUUCGAGGCCGGAUAGCGGAUUAGGCAGCAGUCCCGGAAGCGUGACGGAUCGAGUGACAGGCUCGGGAAGUCCCGGUCCGCUGGAGCAUCAUGUGCCAUCAACUGCACACUGUAGUACAUCUUUGAAUCCGGUCGGUUUGAUAAAAGCCGAGAUUCCGGAUAUUGAACCAGCUAGACCGGAUAGUAGCACUACCGCCGGCGACGAAAACAACAAUAAUAGCAACAGCAGUAGCAACGGCAACAGCCGGCCAACUUCUGCCUUUGGUCAGGUUAACACUACCAAUCUUGAUUCACAUCAUCAUCAUCCACCUCCACCUCCUCCACCCGGUAUAUCAGUUAUCGAUCAGGCUUCCAGCUCGCAACAAAAUCCAAAUAUGUUGUCAGUCGUGCAAGUGAUACCUUCCAGACUACCUGACGGUCAGGUAGUUUUCUUGCUUCCUAGUCAUUAUGUACAACUCGCGGCUGCCGCUGCGGCGAACGGUAUCAGUAUCGGGCCGAAUCCACCCACGGCCAUAUGGGCCGCAACUAACAUGUCUCUUCUCAAGGCUACGGAUAAACUCGCCGCGAAACGACCUCACGAAGAUAUACAAGAAUGGCAGGACGCGGCCACUGUUGCCGUUAAUGCUGCUGCUGCUGCUGUUGCCGCAACCGUUGCCGCUGCCGCUACGUCCGGCAACGCUUCUGUUUCCGCUUCCAUUUCCGCUUCCGCCCCCGUUUCUACCUUCGCUACCAAUGCGAUCUCAGCUAUUGGUACAAAGCCAAGUAAAAGUCCAAGGCUCGAGCAACCGGAACAACCGCUCGAUUUUACAACUACCUCCAAGAAACCAAAACCUAGCACGAAAUCAUCGAUAACCACUGUGAGCAACAUCGACCAUUUUCAACAGCAGCAACAGCAGCAGCAACAACAACAACAACAGCAACAACAACAACAACACCAACAACAACACCAUCAUCAACAACAGCAAUUCGUAGGCCGUUUAACCACGGAAGGAUCAGUUCCACCGCAUUCGGAAGGUAGACCGUCCAGUCAUACGAGCAGCGAAUUCGUCACAGGAAUUCGUUCACCAUCUCCAAUCCCACAACAACCUUCGAAGGAUGAGGAAGGAAUGUGGAGGCCUUGGUAGAUUGUGAUUUAAUAACAUGGAUUAUACGAAAAUGUGCGCAUUGUGUUAAAUGUGUUACGUGUAUUGUUACAUAUAAUAACUGUAUUGAUGGACGAUGGAACGAUGAGAUAUAUACGAAUUAUCUGUAAAAAUAAUAUUCUUCGAAUAUAACAAAAUAUGUACUAUUGCAUGUUGUGUACGGUGAUACUCGAACGCAUUGUAUAUUGUGGAUCAUAAAAAUGUGUGAAAUGUGCGUUUGAGAACACUUAACCUCGUCAUUGUUAAAAAACGCAAUAACGCGUGAAAAAAAAAAUUUGUCAAAAAUAGAACGGACGCUUAAAACGAAUGACUUGAGUUUGAAAAAUAGCACGUACGCUAUUGAUGAACCAUUUCGAACGAAUGUGAAAAAUUAAUUUAACCCGAUAUAAUUACUUACAGUGUCAGUGUCCUAAAAAUCAUGUACACUUGCUACUUAGAUAUAUAAAAUAUUACGUAGCAGUUUAUUGCAAUUCGAUCAUUGUUCAUUCGUUUAAUGUGAGGAGUGCCUAAUGAAGAAAAGAAAUGCUAUCAGGGGGGAGGGGGGAGGAAGACACUGCUGGAUCUAUCUAUGUAUUAUGGAUUCGAGAUAAGUUACCUGUUCGAAACGUUAAAAAAUAACGAUAUAUAUACAUGUAUAUGAUAAAGAUACGUUAUAGGAUCCGAAGAAACGAGAGGGUUUCGUGCAUAGUACUUUAUUCCGCCGUCGUGUACAUAACCCCGAUUGGAAUUAUAAUUAAUGCCGGAUAUAGAUUUAUUUUGAUGUUAACUAGGUGUAUAUGCAUUCAAGAUAAUGUAGAAUGAUGCGAAUACGGAUGAAUCUGUAUCGAAUGUAUGUUGGAAAAAUGCAAAAGUUCACAUUCUAGAUAAAUCACAGUUUUCAUCUAAUUUACUUCUCUAAUUACUAUGUUGAGAUUCAAAAUUCCUUAUUCAAUGUACUUAGACAUCGAUCAAUAUAAAUACGCAUACUGACAAA